AUGCGACGUCUUCUUGUUCGUCUUUUGCUGAUCUGCCUUCUCGACGAUGUACGGCUGCUCAUUUCCGCUCAGCAUUUCUAUUACUCGAAGACUGCCAUUAACAAUGUCGUCAUAGAAGAUGGAAAGGUCUAUAUUGGAGCGGUGAACGAGCUUGCUGUACUUUCCGACGACGAACUCCUGCCGCUGCAUUCGGUCUCUACGGGUCCAGUUCGAGAUUCUCCACUGUGUAGUGUCGACGGAAGCAGUUGUCUGAAAGAUGCUGUACUUCGCGAUACUGACAAUCACAACAAGGUUCUACAAAUACUGCCCGAUGCGGU